GGCAACAUUUGAGUGUCAUGCCCCGCAUCACUUAGUUUUAAUGAAAUGAACUGAACCUUUCAUUAACAAACACUUGGAGGAUAAAGAAGCCAGCCGUUAGCAGAUAUGACCAACAACGUGAGCUCCAGAAUCGACACCCCGACCAACAUCUCUCUGAGUUCCAGCGUCCCCGUCUCCGAGUUGCUGGAGUACAAGACCGUGUCAGUGUUCCUGGUCCUGCUGGUGUGCGGCGUGGGCAUCGUGGGCAACGUCAUGGUGGUCCUCGUGGUCCUAACCACGCGCCACAUGAGGACACCCACCAACUGUUACCUCGUCAGCCUGGCCAUAGCCGACCUGACGGUGCUCGUGGCAGCGGGGCUGCCCAACGUGUCGGACAGUCUGACGGGCACGUGGGUUUUUGGCCAUGCCGGCUGCCUGGGGAUCACCUACCUUCAGUACCUGGGCAUCAACGUAUCCUCCUGCUCCAUCACUGCCUUCACUGUGGAGAGGUACAUAGCGAUCUGCCAUCCAAUGAAGGCUAAGACAGUGUGCACAGUGUCCAGGGCCAAACGGAUCAUCGCUGGGGUUUGGAUCUUCACCUGUGUCUACUGCAUGCUGUGGUUCUUCCUGGUGGACAUUCAGGUCGGCCAGGACGGACAUGUGCAGUGUGGAUACAAAGUGAAACGGGAGCUCUACCUGCCCAUCUACCUCAUCGACUUCGCCAUUUUCUACGUCAUCCCGCUGCUCCUCGCCAUCGUGCUGUAUGGCCUGAUAGCACGAAUCCUCUACCUCAGCCCUCUGCCCAACCACCCUGACACCAGCGCCACCACGCUGCGGCGGAGUUGCCGGGAACCCUCUGAAGCAGGGAAGGGGGGUCGCCAGGGCCGGCCAAAGAGCGCGCUCUCCUCCAGGAAACAGGUGACGAAGAUGCUGGCAGUCGUGGUGAUCCUGUUCGCUCUACUGUGGAUGCCCUACCGGACUUUAGUUUUGAUUAACUCGUUCGUGUCCACUCCUUAUCUGGACGCCUGGUUCCUCCUGUUUUGUCGGACAUGCAUCUAUGCCAACAGCGCCAUAAACCCUGUCAUAUACAACGCCAUGUCUCAGAAGUUCCGCUGUGCGUUUCGCGGCCUUUACCGCUGCCAGCGGCAAGAGGCACAUCAGAGAACACUGUCAACGAUCCAGAGCGGCUUCAGCACCGUGCGAGACCCCCGGACCUCCCAGGCCAACAGCAACGGAACCAAUGAGAAUGUAAGGAGGACCAUCCUGAACACUGCCACUGAUCCGUCUACAAAGCAGAAUGGGAGCAGCCAUCAGGAGAUAGUCAACGGCAAGAAAGCCGACCAUCCCACUGACAUCAGUUUAGCUACCUUCAGCUUUGGUGUGGAUCCAGCUGAGACGCUGGCAACUGCUGAUGAGGACUUGGAUCGACCUUCCUCAAAUAAUACCACAGUAAAAUUUGCAGGCACACAUACAAUAAACGGAAAACAGGAAAAAAUGUGAAUAAAAUAAUAACAAUGAGGAGCUGUUUGGUCACACAACAGAUGUGGAUUACUCAAGCAGAGAAUGAA